CCAAGUACUUCUUUGCUAUACCUUAUAUAUAUUUUUAUUUUCUGAUACCACUAGACAAAGCUUUCAUAAUAUGCGGUUAUUGACUGCACAUACCACGCUGUUAUUGUUGCUACUAUGUAGUAUAGCACUCGUAGUAGUCCAGGGCAACACUGAAAAGCUCAUUUUCCGCGCAAAAGAAUUAGACAGUGCGAAGCUCGAUUGCGUUCAUGAUGAGCAUUAUCACAAUGUCCAAGUAUUAAAGCCACCUUACAGUACAGUUCAACGCGUCAUUGUACCUCGCAACGCUGUAGCACCGACCACAACAGAAAAUACUCAGCAUUGGUAUUCCCUUGACGAAUUGCAAAUCGACUCAAGUUAUGAAUUACGCAUCUCCUAUCCGGCUACGUCGCCUACGGAUUUUUAUUUAAAGUUAUAUCGAGCCUGUCAGGAUAACAGUGGCAGCAACAGGAACAAAAGGCUCCUGUUGGUCGAAGGAGACUAUGCAGGUGUGUCGAAUGUACCUGGCAUGGAUUUGGCGUCAAUUACGUAUGAUAUUGUGUUGGAGAAUCUGUACCUAGGAUUCUUGUUUUACCAAGUAUACAAGAUUGCGGCAGCUGUAGCAGUAGUGUUAUUGCUAGGUCAAUUUGUGAUUUUACCAAAGAUACGACGCGUCAUUCAAGAAUCAGUUGCAUCCAAUGACCUGAGGAAACAGCUAUAAAUGCUGAUAUUUACCAAAAAGACAACAUAAUUGAUCGAGAAAAAGUGCGAAUUGUUAUUAUGAAUGCACGAAAAGAAAAGAAAGCAAAGUUUUUUGUUCUAUAUAAAAACAAGGGUGGAAAAUAUAGUACAUGAAUGAUUAUAGAAAAG